AAACGCAAAAGCGAAUUCGUCAAAAAUAGGAGUGGUCAGCUGGCGCCAACCACGGUAAUUUUGGCGACAUCAGGCUGGCGCCAAAACUGGACACACCAGUCAGACACUGGCGUCCUUAAGCUAAGCGACUGGAGCCAUGGCGAGUUUUCAAAAGUUGAAAUUGAGUUUGACGUGGCCAAGAGUGACCUUCUCUGUUAUUACUGCCGCUAAUGCUACACAAUCAGCUGUGAAUCGCCUACCGGCAUUUUCGGCUGCGAUCGUGGAGACUGAAUGUGAAAGAUGGAACAAUUUGACGUCUAGCCUGUGGCGCCUGCGUUGGCGAAUUGUUGCCGCCAUUUCGAGAACGGCGCCUGCUGCGGAGUACAGUCAAAAGUCAAUGUGGAAUGCGUUCACUCGCUCAUAUCCACAGUACUCGGGUUGGUCCUCAUCGACAGUUGUACUCGUGGUGGUGGUAGUGGUGGUGACAGCGGUACUGCCCUGGGAUACGCGUACUGUGAACAUCACUUGUACUUGUGUCCGUUGUCAUCCUCCCAAACAACUAGUCUUAAUAAUACGCUAUGUCUGGUGUUGCACUUUCGGAAUUAAUAAUCGAACUUCGACUUCCCCAACAUGUCUAUCAAGCAGCUUUUAUUAUUUUAAGGGAGUUAAAGGUGCUCCCAGUAUUCAACAACCGAAACUAUCUAGUACUGUGCUUCUGCAUACAUGCAGCCGACAAAUCAACUGCGCUAUUUCACUCGGGACGGCUCAUGCACCCCAGUCAUCGAGGGGGGUCACCUUCGUCUCUCACAACGCACUCAUCAAGCAACCAAAAUUGCCAUACAGUUCGCAACGGAGCUUUGGGAAAUACACUCAGUUGUUAUUUUGGUGGAUUUACCUGUCUGUUAUGUGUUUGUACGUCACUGCUCAUCAGUCAGAAAGGAGAACGCAAAACCCAUCCGCCGAAACUCCAUAUUCGAGGUUCCCCAGCGUCCCUUCAAUAGGAAGAAGCUCGCCUGUCGUCGAGGGAAAGACAGAUAACCUGAGGCUAACUGAUGCAGAUCCUCAUGAGACUCCCAGAUAUAUGUUUAAAAUGCAUGAGAGACACAAGAGAGAAUGGUGGGAUUAUGGUCAGUUCGAGGACAACUGCCUGACACACCCGAUGUACAGGCAACUAUCAAGUGCUUCUGGAACGUCUGAGGGUGUGCAGAUUAUGGGGCGUCUGGGAGCUGUCACAGCCGUUAGGCAUCACAAACACGUCGACACCACCGAGUGGCACCCAAUUUACUCCAGUCAGAUGCUCUCCCAAAAACGCCGUUCCUUCCACCUAUCCUCUACGCACAGGCCAACAGAGCACCGGUUAUUGUUUCAACUGGCCGACAUGCCUCCCAAUGAACACCUCCUGGCUGCCAGUAUCCGUCUUCGUUACGUGCCCGGUGACCACGCAUAUGGGUCAAAAUCAGGCAGAUCACACAGGCGUUGUCAUUCUGCUACACGAUACCAUCAGUGGCCAAUCCUCAUGUGGCUUCACUAUUCCCAGCCGCACCAAAAAGCACGGUUCGAUGUCCAGACAGUUGGCUGGUUCGAACCGGACGUGACGCUGUGUUAUCAGUCCAUAGAUGAGAGUAAAAGAGCACUGUUGCACCUUCCUUCCGGAUGGUUCAACGUUCCUCUGAGUCAAGCCGUUCUGGAUAUGCUGAAAAGUGUCAGCGCAAUGCCUACUGACGGCCCCAAAUUGGUUUCCAUCCAAGUGCUCAGUGUGACUUCUAAAUUGCACACGAACGAAUCAAGAGAGAACCAGUUAAGAGUGAAGCGGAACACCUUGGACAGUCAGUUGAGUGAACAUUGGCUUCACGAAGCACCACACCUGAUAACUUUUCAUAGAGACCCAACAUUGGUGGAGUAUGUAAAACGAACUCGUCGAUCAGUACCAGAAGCGACGGUGACGGAUUCCGCUAAUGCUGCCACCGGCCCAGACAGCGGAUUGAGGAGCAAGUUACGUAACGGAAACUCGUUCGCUGAACAGCCAAAGAUGUUUGCAUCUGUUGUCGAUUCCAAACUGUCUGGCCCACCUCAAAAGGUUCGACGACGGAGGCGAGCAUUGCAGCAGCGGCACCGGAGCCGUCAGAGCAGAGGUUAUUGGAACGCGAAUGAUGCGCCUCGGAAGCCGUCCCAAUAUCAGUACUACGCAGACAAUGACGGUGGAAACAGUGGCUCAGACGAGAUUUAUGGAGGGGGCACGAGAAAAAGUGACCAAUACACCUACGAAAGCCAACCCAACUUUGACCAACCAGAGUUGCCAAUCAACUCGCCGAAUUAUUUAGAAACGGUCUGUCAACGAAGAGAAUUGAUAAUCGACUUUGCUGCGAUUGGAUGGUCCGGGUGGGUUAUCGCUCCGCGGACCUACAACGCUCGUUAUUGUCGUGGCCACUGUCCAUUUCCUCUAUCCACUCACUACAAUACGACAAAUCACGCUAUACUAUUACAACUAGUCCAUCUACUCGAUGUCGCUCGAACAACAGGACCAUGUUGUGUGCCGAACCAACUCUCAUCGCAAUCGUUGUUGUAUCACAGUCAGAAGGGUGAUGUUGUGCUUCGUGUGUAUCAAGACAUGGUUGUCGAAAGCUGUGCAUGCCGGUGAUGAAAUCACAUGAGUCACAGUCCGACAUACUGUACAUAGCAUUACUUCAACUAGCCAUUCGAUGCCUUGCAAAGUUAACCACGAGCAAUCGAAAAAAAAGUUCGACGUAUGAACUGGAAAGCUAUCAGUCUUUCAUAAGCAUGUAGAGUAAACGGCAGAGAAACGCAAUGGAAGCAAUCCGUCAUUGUGGUUAUCUGGACGCGUCGAUGGCUUAUAUCCGCUUUUAGAAGUUCCACCAUUUACUGCAAUCUGGUACCAUAUACGUGUACGAGUUCUGGGAAGCCUUUGUCCCCCACCACGUACUAUAUCCGAUAACACUGUCUACGGACACAGAUGAGGGAGAUCGUUUGAUAUACUGCAUUACUGCUUCGAUUUCCCUUUGUCUCCACAACUAAUUGUUGUAACCCAAACAGACCUACUGAACUAGGUGUACGGAGAAAUGAAAAAACAGCAUGUCACAAUAGGAACCUCCCUUCCUAAUCACCCCAGUGCACUGAUCCAAAAUUAUCUACCACAUCCAUCCACAACUGUGUACACAAUUACCAUUUUGUUGUUCUU